CCCCUCCAUCUCCCUCUCCCUCUCCACCAUCCCCACCCUCUCCACCAUCCCCACCCUCUCCACCAUCCCCACCCUCUCCACCAUUCUCCCUCUCCACCAUCCUCCCUCUCCACCAUCCCCACCCUCUCCACCAUCCUCCCUCUCCACCAUCCUCCCUCUCCACCAUCCCCACCCUCUCCACCAUCCCCACCCUCUCCACCAUCCCCACCCUCUCCACCAUCCCCACCCUCUCCACCAUCCCCACCCUCUCCACCAUCCCCACCCUCUCCACCAUCCCCACCCUCUCCACCAUCCCCACCCUCUCCACCAUCCCCACCCUCUCCACCAUCCCCACCCUCUCCACCAUCCCCACCCUCUCCACCAUCCCCACCCUCUCCACCAUCCCCACCAUCCCCCGUGCCCACUAUCUCCUCUCACAUGUCUUCAGAGCUCACCAUGGAGCACCUCAUGAGGGCCAUCUACCGCCUCUACCACCACAUGGUUCCCCCCCUUUCCUCCCCCACUCCCUCCACCCGCCCACUCCCGCCACCCCCCCGCACAGGUCAUCAGAGCUCACCAUGGCGCACCUAGUACCGCCUCUACCACCACAUGGGUCCCCUCCCCUCACCCGCCCACUCCUUCCAACCCCCUCCCCCACUCUCCCCCCGCCCGCCACCCCCCUGCACAGGUCAUCAGAGCUCACCAUGGCGCACCUAGUACCGCCUCUACCACCACAUGGGUCCCCUCCCUUCACCCGCCCACUCCUUCCAACCCCCUCCCCCACCCUCCCCCCGCCCGCCACUCCUCUGCACAGGUCAUCAGAGCUCACCAUGGCGCACCUAGUACGGGCCAUCUACCGCCUCUACCACCGCCUCGACUACCGCCCCCUCUGGCACGGCCACCGCCCCGACGCGCUGGCAGCGGGCGGGGCGGCAGCGGUGCGCGUGCUGCGGGUGUACCCGGUGGAGUCCUCACAGGAGAUGGUGCUGCACGGGUCGGGCGCCUUCCGCCGCGACCGCCAGCUGCAGGACUUUGUGGAGGCCACGCCGUGCCCGCGCCUUGAAGUCAUCCUUGUCUGA